AUGGGGAUGCCGCGUGAAUAAUCCUCAAGGAGUCACCUUAUACAACUUUAUAAACACAAAGAGAUUUAAAGUUCUAGCUCCACCUGAUCCAACCUACUGACCUUAUUCCGCCCGUAAAAUUCCAGAUAUUCUUAAUAUUUUUGUGUCCAAAUUACCAAACAAUUUAUUCCACACUACUAAAAACUUGCUUGAUCUAAAUUCUGACCAUUCAUCGAUACUCCUAACUCUCAAUACUUCUCCUUCUGUUAAAGAAUCCAAUAAAUUAUUCAACAAAUUCACAGAUCAUUUUAAAUUUCAUGAAUUAGUCAAUACAAAAACUAAGCUAAACACAAAAUUAAAAUUUCCCAAUGACAUAGACUUAGCGGUCCUCAACCUCACCAAUAUAAUACAAACUUCAGCAUGGUCUGCUACAAACACUACUCCAGUACCUUCUUCAGCUAGCCCACUCCCAGAGUAUAUAUGCAACAAAAUUGUAAAAAAAAGAAGAGCAAGAGCUCUACCAGCACAUGCGUCUACCAUCCCAUAAACUUUAUUACAAUAAACUAGCUAAUUCAUUAAAAAAAAUUGCUCACCAAAUUUAAGUCAAACAUAUGGCAAAAUCACUUAAUGAAACUAACUCCCAAAGAUGGUAGCCUAUGGAGAGAAAUAAAGCAAUAACUUCGCUAUAAAUCACCUAAUCUCCCUAUUAAACAAUCAGAUGGCAGAUUAGCUACUUCGGAUAUCGAAAAAGCUGAACUUUUUAAGGAUCAUCUUCAUAAUACAUUUCAACCACACGCUGAUAUUAUAGAUGAUGAAAACAUAAUCUAGUUGAUUGUCUCUCCCUGUCAAGUCAUUUACACCCAAUGAUGUUAAAUAUGCUAUACAAAAAUAUUCAUCAAAAAAAUCACCAGGCUUUGAUUGCAUUACUGCAGAUGUAGCCAGAUCCCCUCCAUCUAGAGCCAUCGUUCACAUCACUCAUAUAUUUAAUGCUUCACUUAGACUUUCUUAUUUUCCCCUACUGUGGAAAUUUGCAUCUAUAAUCUUAUUUCCAAAACCAAACAAACCACCAGACAUACCAUCAUCACACCGUCCAAUAGGGUGGUCCUCUAUUAUGUAUGAAAAAAAAAUAACCAAAUUUUUCAAAUUACUCCCCCCUAAUAAGUUCCAUUACUAAAAAUAAUGAUAGAAAUAAAGUUUUAGACAAAUAAAAUAAAUUUAACCCAUGCCACAACAGCUCUGAAGUUACAAAUAUAGACAAUUUUUCAAAAUCGUUAAGUUUUUGUUAUAAAACCAACACAACUCUAGAGAAAAGAAUUUCACGAUAAAUUCUUUAGAUUAUAAAUUAAAGAAAACUAAAUUUACAAUAGUUGAAAGACUUUUUAUUUUAUCAACCAUUAGAAGAACGUAAACUGGAAAUGAUAUUUUUGUUCUUAUAAACAAUUUUUUAGAAAUUAAUGAAAUUCCCUGGUCAAUAUGCACUGACGGCGCAGCUGCCCUUACUGGUUCAAAAAUAGGUUUUAAAGCUAAGGUUUUAGAAGUGUCUUCAAAUAUAAUGUUUAACCAUUGUAUGAUUCAUAGAGAAGCUUUAGCUUCCAAAAAACUUCAACCAGAUGUUAAUAAAGUACUCCUUAAUGCUAUAAGUGUAAUAAAUUUUAUAAAAUCAAAGUCAUUAAAUUCCAGACUUUUUACUAUACUUUGCAAUGAAAUGGGUUCUGACCAUUAA